AUGGAAAGCAACACAGUCAAGGAAAUACAAUUUUCUGCUGAAGUUCAGUCCAGGAGCACUUUCAGCGGCGCAUAUGUGUCACUUCAAGUGGAAUAUUUUAGGCAAGGAAUUAUAGGGCUUUGCCCUGAACGAACCCCUUCUAAGAAGUCGCAAAGGCCAAACCGAAUUUAUGUCCUGGCUUCAGAAACCAAAAAUCUGGGGAAAUUGUCGCUUGUCUUCGCUGUUCAGGAUGAUGCAGAGAUAUCAAACCAUAUGUACAAGUUGAAACAUCGAUCUUCCAAGAGUUCAAUACUUGAUGGUGUGCCGGCGCAGCCAUAG